AUGGAAACGCCUUUUGGUGAGGUCAUAGAUAAACCUUAUACUGUUUUUAUAUUUCUCCUCCAUUUUAUAUUUUGUUGUAUCUUCGCCUUUGUCCUUGUGGACGGAUCGUUGGGGCGACUAGUGAUCGUUCGCUGCCGCGCGUUCAUUUACAUUACUCCAGUAAAUAAAUAUAUGCGCAUAUUUACUGUGUCGGUGGUUGCGCUUUUAUCCUCUUUUUCAUGCCCCAAAAACCCUGUAGCAAACAUUGGUGAAGACAAGAUACUUUUCUGUUUUCUACGUUUUUUUUUUUACUUUACCGCUUUACUCAUCGUCUUUUCCUCCUUUUAA